UUCGGACAGGAGGGCAGGGUAUUGGAUACCCCGUUGUAGUUUUUAUGGUGGUGUAAUAGUUGCUAAAUAUAAUAUAAGUUGAGUACUUCUUGCAAUUUUGGCAGAUAUCUGUCAUUUCAUCCCAGCAUCGUUUGUCGAAUUCAUAAAUUAAUACAUAAUGGUUCUAAGUGAUUCUGAGCUCGAUACCGCCCGCGAGGUGUUCCUGAUCUUCGACAAACAGGGUGACGAAUGUGUUUCCUCCGAAGAUAUCGGAAUCAUUCUGCGCGCCAUGAACAAAAACCCGCUUGAGACUGAGGUCGCAAAGAUCCAAACAGAGUUGGACCCAAGUGGCGAAGCCCGCAUCACUUUCUCUAAAUUCGCCCCGAUUCUUGAGCGAUCCACCAUCGACUGCCCCGGAUCAGUAGAAGAGUUCACGGAUGGACUCCGCGUCUUCGAUAAGGAAGCCAACGGCUUCAUGAGCGCUGUUGAGCUUAGACACGUACUCACUUCUCUAGGCGAGAAGCUAACUUCGAAGCAGGUGGAUCAACUUCUGGUUGGUGUAGAGACAGAUAGCAACGGUGCUAUCAAUUACGAGGAAUUUGUCCGCAACGUCAUGCAGGGUUAAGAGUCACGUCAAAUAUUCAAGAAUAUAUGUAUCGGUUUCUGGGCGAAGUAGUCUGGGAAGGUAUUGUAUUUGCGGUUUUGUAGGAGUUGUAACAGCUAGCAGACACUGUGUGUUUGUCGAGUGAGAUUUGUGUGCAUGAUCCGCAGCCAAAAUAAAACUAACUGGCAUGAUGAUGGCCAGUCAACUCUCAAA